AUGAUCGAGGUGACGGAAGAGGACGAUAUGUCGAUGAUGGUGGAGGUAGUGGAGAAAACGGAGGAAGCGGAGGUGGAAAUGGUUGAGAAGAAACGGGGCGUGCUGUUGCUGGAAACGGGUUCAUUGCAUCGACGUUUGUUGAUCUACGGAAUUGUUAGUAUUCUCGCAGUAUCGGGGGCGUGGCUUGUGUUGGCGACCACAGUUGACACUCUUUCAAUUCUCAUUGAAGGCGGCGGAAUGCAUCUCGACAACCUCGUUGGACACGUGGCUCCUGGUUAUGAGAAGGUGGAGAAGAUUUUCAGACGAAACUUCGCCGACGGUUGGGAACGAGAAGGUGCUUCAAUUACAGUAUACCAUAAGAAUCGAGUGAUUGUUGAUCUUCAAGGAGGGUAUGCUGACAAGGCAUCUGGAAGAAAAUGGACUCCUGAUACCAGGACAGUGGUUUUCAGUACCACUAAAGCUGUUGGAGCAGUUUGUGUGGCGAUUCUGGUGGAUCGAGGAUAUAUCAGUUAUGAUGAUAAAAUGAGCAAGAUUUGGCCUGAAUUUGCACAAAAUGGGAAGGAAAACAUCACCAUAGAUUGGCUGAUGUCACAUAGGGCCGGCCUCGCUGCUCUCGACAUGCCAAUCACCAUCGAAGACGCAAAUGAUUUUGAUAAAAUGAGUGAAGUAAUUGCAUCACAGAAACCAAACUGGGAACCUGGAACCAAAUCUGGUUACCAUGCAAUCACUUAUGGAUGGAUUGUUGAUCAAAUCGUUCGUCGAGCAGAUCCAAAAGGUCGCUCAGUUGGACGUUUUUUCAAGGAAGAAGUCGCAGAUGUGCAUGGAAUUGAUUUCCAUAUUGGUCUUCCACCAAGUGAAGAACACACUGUUUCUCGUCUUUCGAUGCCUUCAACACUCCAUCUUUUCCGUGAAAUUGUUCAUGAUCCACGUGUUUUGAUAGUGUUGGCAGUUUUAAACUUGCGUACUCCAAACUCGAUUGCUAAAAAAGUCACCGCGAACCCAACUUGGUUUAAAUUGGAACAGGAUGUGAACACAUUCAACAACCCGACACUUCAUGCGAUGGAACAAGUUGCUGCUCUCGGAAUCACAAAAUCGAGAGAUCUGGCAAGAUUGUUUUCUUUGGUUCAGCAAGGGAAGCUUUUCUCGAAAGAACUUCUUUCGAAGUUCCGUGUUCCUCAAGUUGAAGGAAUCGAUGAAGUUGUGAUGACUCCGUUACCCAAAGGACACGGAUUUAUGUAUGAGAGGCAUCCGAUGAGCGGUAAAAAGUGGCUCGUCGGACAUCCUGGCUACGGUGGAAGCACUAUAAUGAUGGAUUUGGAUGACGAAAUAACCAUUGCUUACGUUUCAAACGGAUUGAAGACUGGAAUGGGAGAGCUUACGAGAACCUACAGGCACCUCCGAGAUGCUGUAUUUGAGUGUCUUGAGAAGCAGAAAAGCGGGAAAAGUGUCAUCAUCGAGGAUGCGAUUCAAGCUGUUGCUGCUUGA